AUGAACACACACCUGGGCAAUCAGGCCACAGGUAGCAGCAGCGACAGCAACAUCAGCGCCACCACAUCAUCCAGCCUGUCACCGCUAGAGAGCCAUGCCGGAAUGACGACACUGCUGUCUAGCCAAGCCUCUUACAGCAGUUUCCCUGAAGGCUCCCUAAGUUAUGGACAUUACAACUUGUACGAGAAAGUCGACAUGGUCCAGUCAACGAUCAGCGACACUGGUGGUGGAUUCAGUAAUCCAACCAAUUUUUGUGGCAGUCUUCAUGCAUCUGGCCUCAUGACCUAUGACCCUAGUCUGUCACCCCCACCUCCACCAAGAAUAUACAAACCCUGUGUAGUUUGUAACGACAAAAGCUCUGGUUACCACUAUGGAGUUAGCUCCUGUGAGGGGUGUAAGGGAUUUUUCCGAAGAAGUGUCCAGAAGAACAUGCAGUAUACCUGUCACAAAGACAGGAGCUGUGUCAUCAACAAAGUGACCAGAAAUAGGUGCCAGUACUGCCGACUGCAGAAAUGCAUCGCAAUGGGCAUGUCCAAGGAAGCGGUGAGAAAUGACAGAAACAAGAAAAAGAAACAGAAUCCAGAGAGUACAUCAUGUCUUUCAGAAGAGUUGACCGAAGAUGAUCAGAUGCUAUUGCAAGAAGUCCUGGAGGCUCACCGGGACACCACACCACAUGACCAGAAUGAGAGUUCAGAUUCUUCCAGUGUGUUUUUGUGGGAGAAAAUUACAGAGCUUUCAUCAACUGGCAUUGUCUUAAUUGUAGACUUUGCCAAAAAGAUUCCAGGUUUUUUAUCAUUAUCUACCUCAGACCAAAUUACCUUAUUAAAGGCAGCAUGUUUGGAAAUCAUGAUUUUACGAAUCAGCAGACGUUAUGAUUUAGACACAGACACUAUGCAGUUUCCUAAUGGCCUCUCUCUGACUAGAGAGAAUUUGCAAAUGGGAGGUUUCGGGCCUUUGACUCCAACAAUAUUUUCCUUUGCUGCAUCGUUGAAGCGUAUGAACUGUGAUGAGACUGAAUAUGCCUUGUUGUCAGCCAUCUGCCUUAUUAGCGGUGAUCGGUCGGGGCUCAGUGACACAGAGAAGAUUGAGCAGAUGCAGGAGCCACUGCUGGAAGCUCUCAAACACUACAUCAGGUCACGCCGGCCUAGUGAGCGCCAUACGUUUGCUAACAUGCUUAUGAAACUCACAGACUUGCGCAGCAUUAGUGUACGAAGUGCUGAAAAAGUGUUAAAUCUGCGACUGGAGAAAUAUGCACAGCUACCUCCGAUUGUUGUUGAAAUGUUGGAGCGAGUGGAAAAUGUACAUUUGCUUUGA